AUGGAUCCUACCACGUACGUGGAUCCUCAGCUUACUCUAGCGGAUCUACUGGUGCUCAAAACUCUUGUUGAUAAUCCAGAUCCGAAUGGUGAAAAAAAAGCAACAUCAUUACAUCAAAAACCCAGCGAUGAAGAUGUCAUCCAAAAGCUUCAUGAUAUGAACGAUGCAUCGCAUCCUGAUUUCGACCCUACAAUCUUCCAGUUUUGGGAUACUCCAGUGCUCCGGGCUAAGCUGCCUGCAGCGCUUCAGCGCUAUGUGCUGCAGCCCUAUCAAAACUGGGCCCAAGGAGUUGUGCGUUUCCAGACAGACGUUGUCAUGCUGACGCAUCUCCUGUUAUAUUUCUCAACGAUUGUUCCCAGUGCCGUCUUCCUCUACUACCGCUUUUCCUGGGUGCAUGGCGUUUUGCACUGGGUCAUGCAAUUAUGGUACUGUGGAGCAUUCACUCUGAUGAAACAUCAACAUAUUCACCAGAACGGUGUUCUGGCUCCCCGCUACUGGAUUUUUGAUACCCUCUUCCCAUAUCUGCUUGACCCGAUGCUUGGGCACACCUGGAACUCAUAUUACUACCACCAUAUCAAGCAUCAUCAUGUCGAAGGCAAUGGCGAGCAUGAUCUGAGCACGACCAUGUUCUACGAUCGGGACAGUGGUCUUGACUUCGCAUGCUACGUUGGGCGGUUUUUCUUCUUUAUCUGGAUGGAACUUCCGCUCUACUUUUGGAGAAAGGGCCAGGUCCAAUCUGCUUGCCGGGCUGCAUUCUGGGAACUCAGCACUUAUGCGACCAUCUACCUUCUCUACAACUACGUCAAUGCCCGUGCGACCGUCUUCGUGCUCAUUUUACCCCUCACAGUGAUGCGCUGUGGACUGAUGGUGGGCAACUGGGGCCAGCACGCGUUCGUGGACCCUAUCGAUCCCGACUCGGAUUAUCGCUCGAGCAUCACCCUGAUUGAUGUUCCGAGCAAUCGCUUCUCCUUCAACGAUGGGUACCACACUUCUCACCACUUGAAUCCCCGUCGCCACUGGAGAGACCACCCCGUGGCAUUUGUCAAGGGCAAAGACCGCUACGCAGAGGAACGGGCGUUGGUCUUCCGAAACAUCGACUACAUCUUCAUUACGGUGCACUUGUUACGCAAAGACUAUAUGCACCUGGCGAAGUGCCUUAUCCCGAUGGGUGACCAGGUUAACAUGACUUUGGAGCAACGAGCAGACAUGCUACGCAGCCGGACACGAAGAUUUCCGCGUCCCAAUGCGAAGAAACAUCGUUGA